AGCUCCUCCCUGCUCCCGUUGCCAUACUCCAUCUCACUCUGCCUUCCAAACAAAUUACUCCCUUUAUCUGUGCCUCUGCAGAGCUCGCCUGCAGAACCAGCCGUGUCAGUGUGUGGAUCUGCAGGACAGGGAGCAGCUUUGCAAUGAAGAGGGAGAGCCGGUUGGUUCGUUGGAUCUUUUGGACAAUAGUUGUGUUGGCUUUGUUCCUGCUCGGUUUCAGCAUCGGCUGGUUUGCACAUCGUUCAAAUGCUACCUCUCAUAAGCACAAGCCUUCAGGUGAUUACCUUAAGGAGUUUCUGGAUGAAAUGCAGACAGACCUGAUCAGAGACCAUCUCAGGAAAUUCACCCGCCUCCCACAUCUAGCUGGAACUGAGCAGAACUUGAAAUAUGCAGAGCAGAUCAUGAAGGAGUGGAAGGACUUUGGGUUGGAUUCAGUGGAGAUGGUGCCCUAUGACAUCCUGUUGUCCUAUCCGGACAAAUCACAACCAAACUACAUCUCCAUAGUGGAUCACAGUGGGAACGAGGUUUUUAACACCUCCUUGGCUGAGCCGGUUCCACAAGGCUAUGAAGACGUCUCCAACAUUGUGCCUCCAUACAGUGCUUAUUCACCCAAAGGGCAUCCUCAGGGAGAAUUGGUUUACGUCAACUACGGACGAACAGAGGACUUUUUCCAGCUAGAGAGAGAGAUGGGUAUCAAUGCAACAGGAAAGAUUGUGAUUGUCAGAUACGGGAAAAUAUUCAGAGGCAAUAAGGUGAAGAAUGCCAUGUUAGCAGGAGCUAAAGGAGUCAUCAUGUUCUCAGAUCCUGCAGAUUAUUGGGCAGCAGGAGUCCAGCCUUACCCUGAUGGUUGGAACCUGCCUGGUGGAGGAGUUCAGAGAGGAAAUGUUCUCAACCUAAAUGGAGCAGGAGACCCCCUCACACCUGGAUACCCAGCUAAAGAUUACACCUACAGACUUAACCUGGAGGAAGGAGUAGGACUUCCCAAGAUUCCUGUUCAUCCAAUCGGCUUUCAUGAUGCAAUCCACCUCCUAAAAAACAUGGGGGGACAGAUUCCACCCAACAACUGGAAAGGAGCUCUGAAUGUGUCAUACAAGACUGGUCCAGGCUUCACAGACGACUUUAAGAGCCAGAAGGUGCGAAUGAACAUCUACAGUAACAACCAGGUAGCCAGGGUCUACAAUGUCAUUGGGAAGAUCAGAGGAGCUCUGGAGCCAGACAGGUAUGUUAUUCUGGGAGGGCACCGUGAUGCCUGGGUGUUUGGAGGAAUUGACCCAAUGUCUGGUGCAGCAGUCGUCCAUGAAACUGUGAGGAGUGCCGGCAAGAUGGUAAAGAAAGGGUGGAGGCCUAGGAGGACUAUAAUAUUUGCCAGCUGGGAUGCAGAGGAGUUUGGGCUGCUGGGAUCAACAGAAUGGGCUGAGGACAAUGCAAGGCUGCUACAGGAGAGAGCUGUGGCUUACAUCAACGCAGACUCUGCUAUAGAGGGUAUGUACACACUGAGGGUUGACUGCACUCCAUCAAUGCACACAUUAGUGUACAAUCUUACCAAACAGAUAGCCAGUCCAGAAGAAGGAGAGGAAGAAAUGUCUCUGUAUGAGAGUUGGCAUAAAAGGGACAACUGGACCAAUGACCGUGACGCACCUCGGAUCAGUAAACUGGGGUCAGGCAGUGAUUUUGAAGCCUAUUUCAUCCGGCUGGGGAUUGCUGCAGGCAGAGCCAGAUACACUAAGAACAAGGCAAAAGAGCGAUACAGUAGCUACCCUGUCUAUCAUAGUGUGUAUGAAACCUUUGAGAUAGUGGAGAGGUUUUAUGACCCCACCUUCAGGAGGCUUCGAGCCGUAGCUCAGGUGAGAGGAGGUCUCAUCUUCUUGUUGGCAGAUUCCCAGGUGCUUCCUCUUGACCCUACUGAGUACGCUAACUCCCUGAGGAAGUACGCAACGAGCAUCGCAGGCAUGGCACAGGCAGUCCCAGAACAAAUGGAAACUUACAAAGUGUCAUUUGAGCCUCUGUUUUCUGCUGUGGAUAACUUCACUGCUGCAGCCGGAGAUUUCCAUGAGCACCUGCGAACUCUGAACACUGAGGAUCCUUUACAGGUGCGAAUCAUGAACGACCAGCUCAUGUACCUAGAGAGAGCCUUCAUCGACCCGCUUGGCUUACCAGGCAGACCCUUUUACAGGCAUGUGAUUUUUGCUCCCAGCAGCCAUAACAAAUAUGCAGGGGAGUCUUUUCCUGGGAUAUACGACGCACUGUUUGACAUUGAGAACUCAGCUGACCCAGAGAAGGCCUGGCAGGAAGUGAAGCGCCAAAUCAGCAUAGCAGCAUUCACAGUCAACGCUGCUGCCAUGACUCUGAUACAACCUGCAUGAAAGCACGAGCUGAGACACUGAAAUAUAAAGAUAUUGUUAUAUCACAAUGUGAUAUUUUUUUCCAAACACAGAGAGGCAAACCAAUCCCUGUAUCUCAUGAGGUCCAUUUUCCAGACCUAAAAUGAUGGAUGUGAAUGCUUUAAAAAAGC